AUGAAGCAAAAGAUGGUGAUCAGGGUGCACAUGACGUGCGACAAAUGCCGAUCCAAGGCAAUGGGGCUGGUUGCCUCGGUAUACGGAGUGGAGCGUGUGGAGAUACAAGGCGACGACAGGGACCAGCUGGCGGUGGUCGGCGACGGGGUGGACGCCGCCAACCUCACGGCCUGCCUGCGGAAGAAGGUCGGGAACGCGGAUCUCCUCACGGUGGAGGCGGUCGUCGCCGACCCGAAGCCGAAGCCAGCAUCGGAGACCGGCGAGGGCGAGGCUUGGUGUCCGCAGCAGUGGUAUCCCGGAUACCACUCCUGGCCGGCAGGGGCUUACUCCCACUGCUACCCGUACAGCAUGUAA